AUGCCGGGGCCCACAAAAGAGGCGGGCCGCUCUCUCAUAGACGCCUUCCAACGUGUCGCCAGCAGCACAUCGACGCACGAGGACGCCGACGCCGAGUCGUGGGACCGUGAGAUAGCGCGCAUUAACACGGAGGCACAAAAGGCGUGGCGCAACAGUGCCGACCCAUUCAUUCCCACCAUCUACUUGCGGAAGCGUGAUCCCUCUGCAGAGGAGGUACUGCGGCUACUACGCAUCACGAGCAAGGCCUUCGAGCUUAACCUGCGCUUUAGAGAGAUUGAGCAAUUAGAUGAGAUGCAUGCCAAACUAUGGGCAUUACUUAGUAUGGAUAAAACACAUCUAAUCAUCACAAUCGCAGAGUACACGGAGAUAUUGAACAAGUUUAAGGCGUGGCAUGAGCAGCGGUUUGAGGCGACACCUAGAGCCUCUCCCCAACGAGAGCUUUCUGUGCUGUCGACACAGCAAGACUGUCCAGACGACACUACACCACUGGGAGAAGUGGUGUAUGUUGGGUCGACGUUGCAGCCACGCCCCUCGAUGCAGCUGUACCUCUCUUGUCCGCGUACCCCCACAGGCGGUGUGGAGGUGGCGCAUAUUUAUCAACGCUUCGCCAAGCAGGUGUCCCUCGUGAAGUGCGAGGCCGAAUUAAUCAUGUGGGAUACCAACAACGACGGUCGCUUGACGGAGGAUGAAAUAGAAAGCUACGUGCGCGACUUGGUCCCGCGUGUGGAUGCACUGCGUGAUCUCACAGAAGAUAUAUUGCCCUUCUACUGCUGCACAGUGAGUCGGCGCAUUUUUUGGGCCCUGGAUCCAGGGUCAAGGGGCACAAUUCGCAUUGACGCGUUGCUACGGAGUCCUGUGAUGGAUGAGUGGGUGAGUCUGCAGUUAAUGCGAGAGGACCAACCUCGCAAUUGGUUUAGUGCCUCCAUAACGUCGCACCUAUACGACAAGUUCCUGCUCCUCGACACACGGAAUCAGGGCACUCUCAAUGCGGACAACAUGAAGCGGUACAAAAAGGGUCUCCCGACGGUGGUGGAUGACGGACUCCCACCGGAUGUUGGCCCCCUCUCAUCUCUCUUCAUUGACCGUUUCUUUGAGACUAACGUGAUGAUGGCAAGUUCGGAGCUGGACUUCCGAAAAUUUGUGGAUUUCGUUGUCGCGGUGGAGUUCCUUCCGAUGUGUCAGCGGCCUCUCUUCUUCUGGAACAUCCUCGAUAUUGAGGGAAAGGGGGUUCUGAGCCCGGUGCACGCCAACUACUUCUUCCGUGAGACACACAGCAAGCUGGUCUCUGCGGGCCUCGAAGUGCCGUCGCGAGAGACUGUCGUGCAAGAAGCGUUCGAUCUCAUUGCAACGGCCGAGCCGCUUCGCAUUACACGCGAGGAGUUCAUUAACGCGCCGCAGGCGGGACUCUUUGUUGCCCUUUUGGUUGACUGCUUGUCGUUCUGGACGUACGAGAAUCGGGAGCAGCGCUGA